AUGGCUGAUGGUCUCUGUUUAUUCUCUAAGGAUAGCUUGAUUAUAAAAAAUCCGAAGAAAAACCCCCUGGUGUUGAGAAUGGUGGUUUUAAUGUUUGUGAUGGCCUGCGGGGUUUAUAUAUGUUCAGUUUGUCUAAGGCAAUAUAGUGCACGCUCCAGUGAACAUCUAUUAGAAGUUCAAGUGGUCGAGAGGUCGUGUGAAGCACCUAAUGUUGAGCCUUCAGAAAAACAUUAUGUGCAUUUUCCUAAGCCCAAGACUUUCAGCAGGUCCGAGUGCGCAUGCAUUCCCGUACGAUAUUUUGCUAUUUUAUCCACCCAGAGGUCCGGGAGUGGAUGGUUUGAGACAUUGUUGAACAGUCAUAUUAACAUAAGCUCCAAUGGGGAAAUCUUCUCAGUUAAGGUUCGGAGGAGUAACAUAUCGACAAUUGUGGAAACUUUGGAUAAAAUCUAUAAUCUGGACUGGUUUACUAGUGCCUCCAAGAAUGAGUGUACAGCUGCCAUUGGAUUGAAAUGGAUGCUUAAUCAGGGUUUAAUGCAGAAUCAUGAAGAAAUAGUGAAAUACUUCAAUACUAAAGGAGUUUCAGCAAUUUUUCUCUUCAGAAGAAAUCUUUUGCGCCGGAUGAUUUCGAUACUUGCUAAUUCCUAUGAUUGGAAUGCUAAACUGCUGAACGGGACACACAAAUCUCAUGUUCAUUCGACCCACGAGGCCGAGAUACUUGCUAGAUACAAGCCUACACUCAAUACAACAUUGCUGAUACCCAAUCUGAGGCAAGUGGACGACAUGGUUACUAAAUCUUUAGAAUAUUUCAAGAGCACUCGACAUAUCAUUCUUUACUACGAGGAUGUAGUAAAGAACGCAACUAAAUUGAUGGACGUCCAAGAUUUUCUAAAGGUUCCACGAAGGGACCUGAAUAGUCGUCAGGUGAAGAUACACCGUGGGUCCUUAUCGUCUCAGGUCGAAAAUUGGGGGGACGUUGAGAAGACGCUCAAUGGAACAUGUUAUGAAAGCUAUUUAAACGAGGAUUACAAGAUGUAA